AUGGAUGAUAGAAAUAUUUCUUCGUGCCACAGUGAUACGGAAAACAAAGGAGAAGACAAUAUAAAUAUUGGAACAACUGGUGAAGAUAUUGGUGAAGCUGCUUCAAUGUUUCGUAGGCCUCGAAUCAGCGCUGAUGAGAAAAAGCGCCAUUUGACAUCUGAUGAAAGUCUAAAAAAUGAUCGUAGUCUUGGAAGAAUUUCGACGGAUAGAUGCAGAUCUCCUCUAUCUCAUGAAUUCAGAGAAAAACAUGGGUCUGAUAGUGGUAGUGAAAGUGACAAAAAUAUGCGAAAACAUCUUGGUUAUGAUUAUGAGCGAAGGGAAAAGGAAUAUCGAUCGCGAAGAGAAGAUGAAUCUUCGCGACAUCGCAGAUCAUUUCGUUCGAACAGUCGGAGUCGUCUCGAUAAAAAACGAUAUGAUGAAGAUGGAAGGAAUUAUUCAGAUAGAAAUUGGAGGUCAUCUGGAAAUAGGAAAUAUUCAGACGAAAGGGAGCAUCAUAGUAGCAGAUAUUAUCGCGAUUAUGAUUCGCAUCGUCGCAGAUCAAAAAAAUCGUUUAGUGGUCAUCGUAGAGAUGAUGAUGAAAAUUCCGAAGGCGAAACAAGUGAGAGACCAGUUUGGGCGACAAAGGCUGUGAGAAAGCGCGCAGAAGAGAUUCAGCAAAGAAAAUUGCUGUGGUCGAAACCAAAAGAACAGUCGUGUUCUCAAGAGAAGGAUAAUGAAAUGACUAGUGCAUCAAUGACAAGUGCAGCGACAGAUAAUGCGUCUCGAUCUUCAACCGUUAAAACAUGGAAUUCUAUUCUUGCUGCCACCUCUUCAGAUUCAAAGGAGCUUGAUAAGUUUAAACGUUUAAUGGGAAUAAAAAAAAAUACCGAAGAGACGGGAGAAGUCGAUGAUGCUGCGAUUGAGGCAGAAAGGCAACGACAAAGAAAGAUUUAUAGUCAGCUUGAUCAACAAUAUUCAGUGGCCCGUUCAAUAACUCAUACAGCCAGAGGUCAAGGUCUUGGAUUCCAUUAG